GGACGAGCAGAGAGAAGUCAGUCUGGCCGCGCGCGCCUACGAUCACUGUCGACCGCCGGUCUCACGUCGUUCUCCUCGCACCGGCGGGACGGUCGUUCGAAUCUCGUUAUUACACUCCAUCGUUUUCCAUUCCUCGAGACACCUAUCCGCGCUCCGAAUCUCGCUCGUUUGCCUACGAGUUGAGAAUCGCUCGAAAAUAAAAAUUGGGAAUCGUUGGAAUCGGGAUAAAAAUCCAGUUUAGACGGAAUUAUCUAUCGUGAAACGAAUUUUUAACAAGUUUCAAAGAAAAGUAGAGAGAAGUGUAUAACGUUUCGCGUUGUUUAAUUUCUUUCUUUUUUUUUUUCUUUUUUUCUCCGCGAGAAAACGGGAGGAGUUUUGUUUACGAAUGUAGACGAAUGUGAAUGAAUUUGUGCGCGGGGGAAUGCAGAAAGGGGAAAUAGCUGUAAUAGUGUGUGCUUUUCAUUUCUUUGAUUUACCGCCACGAUUACGGGCCGCAUUCUUGCACGCUCGCUCACGUGGACCACGCGACGGCCGCGAAUUUAAAUUACGAGCUUCUAGUUUUCUGCCACGCGGAAUGCUUUAAUUCCUUCCGCGGCCCGCCUCUUAUCGAGAUCGACGCGUUUGCCACCGUGGUGCGUUGUAUAUAUAUAUGUAUAUUUGUAUAUCUGUUUAAACGGGCAAUGAUAUCGCAAGCGUGCGCGUAAUCUCGACGGUGUUCGAGAGGAUCGUCUCGCAGCAUUUUUCGGGGAAAAGUAUUGGUUGCACGAAAAUACGAGACGACGAGAGCUUCGAACGAAUCUCGAGUUGACGAAUAUUUCGCGAAGGGAAACGAGUCGUCACAUUUGGCGAUUUCGUCGAGGCGAUAGCACGGCCGAUAAUUCUUAAUACUUAAUUAAGGGCACCGUGACACACUGCGGCGGAUAAAUUGAACGUGGGCAGCCGGAGAGAUAUUCGUAAUAGGACGGUUCGUGAAAUACGGGUUAAUUGAGCCGCGUGUCUUGCAACGCGUGAAACGGAAAUUUGUACAAAUCGGUUGGGAGUUAAUUAGUGUUCCGCGAACUGGGCAUGCAACUGGCAAGCGUGGAGAGGGCUUGUCUGUUACUAACGGCGAUCCACAUUUUGCUCGAUAAGGGCGUCUACGCCGAGACGUUCACCCUCGGCUACAUCACCGGCUCGAAAAGGCGUCCAGGGGACUUUGAGUAUCAGCGCCCUGGUUACCGGAUAUCCGGCGCCAUAUCGCUCGCCGUGGAGGAGGUGAACGCAGGCGAGCUCGGCCGACGCGGGCACAAGCUCGACUUCCUCGUCGCGGAAACUUAUGGCGAGGAGGAGACCAGCAUCCUGAUGACCGCCGAUCUUUGGACGAGGAAUAUCAGCGCCUACAUCGGGCCGCAGGAAACCUGCAUCCACGAGGGAAGAAUGGCCGCUGCCUUCAACCUUCCAAUGAUAUCUUACUUUUGCACCCAUCGAGAGUCCUCGAACAAGAAGGAGUUCCCUACGUUCGCGAGAACGAGGCCGCCCGAUACCCAAAUCUCUAAAUCCGUGGUCUCCGUGUUGAUGGCCUUCAACUGGACCAAAGUGACGUUCAUGUACAUGAACUCGACCCUGUUCGAAUUCAACAAAAUGUCAACGAUCGCCGAGACUAUAUUGGCAUCGUUCGAGGCGGCCGGUGUGACAGUGAACUUUAUUCGCUGUUGGGAAGAGCCGUACCACGUCACGCACAUGACCAAUCCGUUCCACAAAUACGUCACCGAGACUUAUAGGGAAACUCGAAUUUACGUGAUUCUAGGCAAUUACUACGAGCACAUGGGGCUGUUAAUGGCGUUGGAUGAGAAGAAGCUAUUGGAAAAAGGUGAGUACUGGGUGGUCGGUGUCGAUAUCGAGCAAUACGAUGAGAAACGGCCGGACAAGUACUUCCGUGGUUUAUGGCAGAGGAAGACAAACUCCUCGAUACUGAAGGCGUAUCGUAGCUAUUUCAGCGUGGUCGCAUCCGCGCCCAUUUAUUCCACCAACUUCACCCGCAUGGUCAACUCGUACAGGCAGAAGCCGCCCUUCAACUUCUCCAAUCCCCUCGCCAACAUGGGUGGGAUCAUUCAGAUCGUGCCGGAGACGGCGUAUCUGUACGACGCGGUGCACCUCUACGAGAGAUCGUUGCUAAAAGCUCUGGACGAGGAUCGGGACCCGAGAAAUGGCCGAGAAAUGGUGGCGACUCUUUACGGCGUUCAUUAUCGGAGCGCCAUGGGAUAUAUGGUGUACAUGGACGAAAACGGUGACGCUGAAGGCAAUUACACUCUGAUUGCGCUGGACGAUCGGCCGACAAAGGGGCACGGUUUAUACCCCAUAGCUUACUUUGUGGGAAAGGAGAACGGCACGAAUCUGCCGGCACUUCGAUUGACGAGGGAUAUUUCGUGGAUCGGUGACGGGCCGCCGAUCGCCGAGCCUCAUUGCGGUUACCACGGUGAAAAAUGCACGUCUCACACGGGAGAGAUCGUGGGCGGAAUAGCAGGUGGAUUUCUGUUGAUCAUGGCUGCCGUGGCCCUAGUGCUGUACAGGAAUUGGAGGUACGAGCAGGAACUGGAUUCCCUACUGUGGAAGGUGAACUACAAAGACAUUCAGAUCAAGGAGCAGAAGGACGAGUCGUCGGGAAUCAACGAGGCGCCCACGAAAUGCAAUUCUAAGACAACGACCCAGCCCAUAGUAAGAACCAGCCAAGUAUCCCUAAGCUCGAAUCCCGACGCCGAUUUUCGUUAUUCGAUGAUUUACACGCAGAUAGGCGUGUACAAAGGGCGGAUAUUCGCCGUGAAGAAGGUUCGGAAGAAAUCGAUCGAGAUCACGCGGGAGAUGAAGAAGGAGCUGAAAGUGAUGCGUGACUUGCGACACGAUAAUUUGAACGCUUUCAUCGGGGCGUGCACCGACCCGCCAAACAUAUGCAUCGUGGUCGAGUAUUGUGCCCGUGGAAGUCUCAAGGAUAUCUUGGAGAACGAGGACAUGAAGCUGGAUAAUAUGUUCAUGGCGUCCUUGGUCGGAGAUAUAAUCAGGGGCAUGAUCUAUCUGCACGAUUCCGUGAUAAAGUAUCACGGCUCGUUAAGCACGUCCAACUGUUUGGUAGACUCUCGAUGGGUCGUGAAACUGGCAGACUUUGGGUUGCACGAGUUCAAAAAGAACGCCGAGUGCGAACCGUGCGACGUUAUGAAGAAGUAUCGCGGUUUGUUGUAUCGGGCGCCUGAAUUGCUACGAUCGACGAAGAGUCAAGAGCCGAUAGCGCGCGAUUAUCAAAGAGGGGACGUUUACUCUUUCGCGAUAGUGUUGUACGAGCUUCAGGGGAGGCACGGCCCGUUCGGGAUCACGGAAUUAUCGGAUUCGGAGAUAUUGAAGAAGGUGAUCGGCCGGGAAACGGGGACGGAACCGUUCAGACCACCGUUGAACCAGUUGGAGAACUGUUUCCAUUUCGUGCGCGAUUGUCUGAUAGAGUGCUGGGCCGAGGAUCCCGAGGCCCGACCAGACUUCAAGAUCGUGAGGAACAAGCUGAGACCUCUGAGGAAGGGCAUGAAGCCAAACAUAUUUGACAACAUGAUGGCCAUGAUGGAGAAAUACGCGAAUAAUCUGGAAGCCCUCGUCGACGAGCGAACGGAUCAAUUGACGGAAGAGAAGAAGAAAACAGAUGCUCUGCUGUACGAAAUGUUGCCCCGUUACGUGGCGGAGCAAUUGAAACGGGGACACAAAGUGGAGGCGGAAAGCUUCGACAGCGUCACGAUUUAUUUCAGCGACAUCGUAGGAUUCACCGCCAUGUCCGCCGAGAGCACACCUCUACAGGUGGUAGACUUUCUCAACGAUUUGUACACCUGCUUCGACUCGACGAUAGAAAAUUACGACGUGUACAAAGUGGAGACGAUCGGGGACGCUUACAUGGUGGUAAGCGGCCUGCCUAUUCGAAACGGUAUCCAGCACGCGGGAGAAAUUGCCAGCAUGUCCUUGUGCCUCCUAGACGCCAUUAAACAAUUCACCAUCCGGCACAGGCCCCUGGAUAAAUUGCAGCUUCGAAUCGGUAUACAUUCAGGACCAGUGUGCGCCGGUGUGGUAGGCCUAAAAAUGCCGCGUUACUGCCUAUUCGGCGAUACCGUGAACACGGCCAGUCGCAUGGAAUCCACCGGCUCUCCUUUGAAGAUACACUGCAGCGGGGAGACGAAAGUGCUGCUUGAUCAACUGGGCGGUUUCAAGAUAGUGGAGAGGGGCCUGGUCUCGAUGAAAGGCAAAGGCGAGCGUCUCACGUACUGGCUGAUCGGCGAGGACCCGAUCCUCAGGGAGGAGAGGAGCAGGGAACGGGAGAAUCGAAGGAACGGUCACUCGGCGAGGAGGAAUCCCUCGAUACCGCGGAGCUCCCUCAAGAACAAGUCGUUGGUACGAUCGACGUUCAUGAGGUGUUCGAGCGAGUCGCCCAAGAGAUUGCGCUUCGCGAGCUCGGACCAGUUGAAUCAGAAAUGCUCGCGCGCGAGCAGCCAGUUGGAAUCGAUAAUCGACAGUAGCCCGUGCAAGCCGAACAUGUGUCGCGCCGCGGGGACGGGGGCGGAUCCGUGCGCCGUCGCGGACAGUUGGAGGUCGUCGAGCAACUCGUGCCCCUGCGUCGAGAAACUGGGGGUGCAGGAAAUCACGAGGAUCGACGCGAAGGAGUUGGGACGGCACCGAUCCCGCGCGGAUUCCAAGGGUUUCAGGCAUCUGAACUGGACGAACGAGGCUUGCGAAGCAGGGGCGAAGAACUCGCGGCUCGGCUCGGCGGGGAUCGCGCAGACGAGCUGCAGAUCCGCGCCCAGCAGCCCGAGGCACAGUACUCUCGUCCUGAAUUGUCAGAGGCGAGCCGCCCAGUCGAACGAGGAGAUGGACGGGUGGGACGCGACCACCCCGUUGAUUUAUCAUCCGGGGGGACGAUUGGAUCAGACGUAGAUGUUGGAAUUUCGUGUGGUAAUAAGAGGGGCGAGAAAAGAUGGAAGAAUGAUCGGGCGAAUUGUCAAUUCUCGAACUCGAUUGUUUUUUUCUUCCUCGGGAUCGAAAUUUUCUCGAGGAAGAAAUCGAUCGAUCGUUUCUUUUUUUUUGUUUCUUUCUUCCAUCCGCGCUACGUAAUUAAAUUCGAUCGAUUUAAUCGACAGCUGAUCGAGGAGGUUCGGUCAAUUAAAGGACGGUUGUUGACGCGCGUAUCGAAUAUGAUUCUCCCCUCGCUCUCAGUACACGACGUACCAAAGCGCACCGUACGUACAAACGAGAUACCUAACAGAUGUAUUUAUACAUUAUUUAUAACACACGUAACUCGUGCACGGAAAUCAGCGCGCCAAUGUAACGGUAUAUUCCACGCAUUAGCUUAGACAAUCAAGAAGGCUCGUGCUUUUUAUUCCACGUAAGUGUCUCUAGUCAAUUUAAUUUAAUUUUUUAAACGCAUACGUUUAUGUUGUUUCCAAACGCGAUAAAAUAUUCGGGGCAAAAAAUAUUAUUCCGCUCGAAACCCGG